CUUACGACUGUCACUACUGAGGCAGAGAGUAUGCUGAACGAAGCAGAAUUGGGUGGGGGUCUGGGACUGGCUGUCGCCUUGAUGUAUGAGCGAAGUCUUGGGGAGAAAUCGAAAUGGGCUGGGUACUUGCGGCUUCUUCCGUUUCAGCAAUGCCUCCCCUUUGUGUGGGAGAUGUCAGAAAUUGAUCGGCUGCUGACUGGUACCGAGCUUCACAAGACACUUAAAGAGGACAGGAAGCUCAUGAGGUCAGAUUGGAAAGAAUGCUAUGAAAUUCUUCUUGAACUUUUUGGAGAGGAGACAUUUCCUGCCAAAUGGUUCUCGAUAGAGCACUACUUCGCGGCAAAGACGCUGGUUGCUUCACGGGCAUUUGAAGUCGAUGACGUUCAUGGCUUUGGCAUGGUACCUUUGGCUGACUUGUUUAACCACAAGACUGGUGCAGAAGAUGUGCAUUUUACAUCUGUGUUGAGCGACUCCGAUUCGGAUUCAGAGCAGGAUGAACCUACCACGCCAGGUAGUGCUGAUGAGGCUGUGGAGAAGACUUCUGAUGAAACUCCUAAAAAAGAACCCAGGAAGGGUGGCAAGCUUAUUGCAUCCGUGGACGAGAGCCCCAAGCCUAAAGAAGCAAUCCUGAAGCGGUGCAAGUCUGCCCCAACUGUCAAUCUGAGCCCUAAGCCCGAAGGACUAACUAAGAAGAACAAAUUCAAUCCAGCUGCUGGUGAAGACGAAACAGUCAAGGCGCCCAAGCCUGUUGAUGAGGAGAAUGGGGUUGAAGGGAAUAGCGAAGAAGACAAUGCGGACUGGGAGGGAAGCAGUGAAGUUCUUGAGAUGAUCAUGGUCAAAGAUGUUGCGAAGGGUUCUGAGGUAUAUAAUACUUAUGGUUCAUUGAGCAAUGCAGCCUUGCUCCACCGCUAUGGAUUUACAGAACCCGACAACCCUUUCGACAUGGUAAAUGUCGAUCUUUCGUUGGUGAUCGAGGUCUGCGGACGGUUAUCUUCGACACGGCAUGCUCGGAGAUGUCUGACUCUUUGGCGUAAAGCUGGGUGUGCCCCCUGUUCCUCUCAAGGAUCAGAAUAUUUCGAGUUCUCAGUGGAUGGGAAGCCUCAACCGGAACUUUUGGUGUUGCUAUAUCUUAUUCAUACAGAUGACGCAACUCGGGAAAAAAUUGAGAAGGACGCUUCUCAGUGGAAUGCAGUCGAAGUCGAGUUAUCAGAUGACGAGAUUGAUAGAGUUUCAUCUGCUGCUGUGGACAAGCUGGCUAAAGCACUAGGGUGGGCAUCUAAGGUUAAAAAGAACUCUACUAGUCGCAAGAGGAAUAGGGACGAUCGGGCUACACCAAAUGGAAGCAACAAACGGAUGACACCGCUAAGAGCUUCCGCCAAGCCAAGAGAAGAGGAUCCCAGUUGGCUUUCAGAUUUGGACAAGUGGCUUCUCACAAAAUCGGUUUGUAUAUGCUUGUUGGCAAUAGUGACCGAAAGAGACAGCAUUUUUCCAGGGGUAGGUUCACUGACCAGUGAGAAGCCAGUAGGUGGCUCUGUAGGAUCCUCCUUGGAAGAGGACAGGGUAUUCUUUCGAAAUAUCGACUGCAAAAGUGAUGCAAAGCUUUACCAUGCUAUGUUUUUGCGGAUUAGUGAGCGCACAAUUUUGGACAAAUGUGCAACAUUAAUGAGAAUAAAGUCGCAGAAAAGAUGACAGCUGGGCCAUUGUAUUCCUAUUUACAGGUGGUUAAACUGGUAGUAUAUGAGGCUUCUGUUGAGGGCU